UGGUUUUGGCUGUACAAAUUUUAUUUCUUCUCAUUGUUGACUAUCACUGUGAGAGCUGUAUCAGAGAGAAAUUUACCUGAUUUCACCAAUUCUCCAAAGAGUGGAAUCAUGAAACAGAAACAGAAGAGAAAACAUCUAGAGAGCAGAAUCUCACCUCCACCUGCAAAGAUGUCAAGAGAAUGCAAUGAAUUGCCUGAAUAUUUUCCACGUUUUGCGUCCUGCAAGAGGCCUCUGCAUCAGGAUUUGAUGGAGUAUCAGAAUUGCUCCUCCACUUCAGGUCCCCGUUUACCUUACAGCUUUGUCAAUAACCCCUCGAUGACCUCAGGGUGUGCUGAAGGGAAAAGAGUCAUGAACGUUUACUACAUGCGUGUCCUAACCAGGAGGGGCGUGGCGAUCUUCGGGGAUACAGAAGGAGAUCUGCAGCCUCCCCCAAAGAGGAUAAGCAUAGCCAAACUCAGCUUUCCUGAGGGGAUUCCUCCAAAAGUCGUCCUCCCUGAAGAUACAGGGCCUCUCCUAUGUGACGGCAAGGCUCACGGGGACAGUGACUCCCUAGAAAAGUGGAAAGAGGCUAAGAGAGCAUCGAGGCCCCUGGCACAGCGGAUCUAUCCCAGGGCUAAAUACCCACCCUGGCUGCUGGAGCUGGAGAGGGGCUUCAGGUGCAUGGGCUGCUGCAGAGUCUUCCCCACGCUGAAGGCCCUCACCCGACACGUGGCGCAUGGCCUGGAGGAGGGCUUUUCAUGCCUUGCGUUUCACCGGGCCUUUGCCAGGCUAAGGAGCAAGAGGAAGAAGGAAAAAAAGCGGGUCCUUAGGAAGAGAGGACGGCGCUAUUGAUACAACCUUUCUGGCCCUAGGGAGAAAGUUAUGCGGUUGUGCUGUGUUUGCAUUUUGAACUUGUUUGUGAAUUUUGUUUUGCUUUUCAAAUAAAUCAUAA